GGUUACGUCCCGCGCCAACUGUGUCGGGGAAGAACGGCUUGAGCGGAUAUUGUUUAUUUCUUUGGCCACACUACCCCGCGUCUGGUCCAGUCCCUCCAUCCCUAGGAAGUGAGGGGGAUCCACUAGCUAUCAACUCGGUCGCUUGGUGGUGCCCAUAGGAGCUCGACCACGGAGCACUUUGCGAGUUGUCGUGCGUUUGUGGCCUGUGCCAUCCUGGUCGGGGGCCCGGUGUCAUGGAAUAUCUACCUCGGACAGACUGUUUGAACCAACAUCGCGAGGCUGCGCUCCCCUCAGUUCUGCAAACCUCCUGUCAAAGCGCAAGCAUCAUGUCCGCUCGCGCGUCGAAGUCGACGCGCGACGGUUCAGCGCCGCCAUCUUUCGUUUGUCACAUCUGCGACCGCAGCUUCAGUCGCGCCGAGCACCGCGACAGGCAUCUUGCGACACACAGCUUGUUGCGGCCAUAUCGUUGCAACUUCUGCGGCCACCAGUUUCAGCGAACCGACUCGCUGCGACGUCACGUCGACAAGUGCUCAAAGAACCUACGCAGCGCCGCCGCGAACGGUGGCGAUGAGAUCCGCUCAAGGGUCAAGUCUGCCUGCGACUUGUGCCACAGCAAGAAGUUGAAGUGCGAUGGCAAGCAACCAUGUCGAAAGUGCGUCGCCAAACGACAGGACUGCACGUACCAACGCUCCGAUCGUCUCCGGCUGUUACACUCGCCCGACUCUUUAUCACCACCAAUCGACUCCAGCGAAUCGAAGCUCACAGACAUGGAGACCAUAUUGGUGAAUACAUCCGAAUCUGCCAUGGAGGAUGCCGCCUUCACAGCCUCGAACCUGUCAUCAAGCGCUGAGGUCUCCUCCGCCCUUCCCGAAGCCAUGCUGCAGGGCUGGAUGAGCGGCGUCGAUCUCGAGGCCGACGCACAAGUCAUGCAGGAGCACGGUAUGGGACUUCCGUGUCCCGAUGCAAUGAACCCUGAUUGUAUGGGUGAUUUGACCGCUCUCGACUUCCCAGACCCUUUGGUCUGGAUGAGCACCACGUUUCUCCCUGGAUUAGAGGACGAGUAUUUCGCGCUGAAUGGAGCCAUGUUGGCUAGCCCUGAUUAUCAAUUCCCGGACGAGGCCGGCCUCGACUACCUGGCGCAGAUGCUGCAGCUCGACAUACCGGGCUCCAAGUUUGACGAACAGACCGCUCGGUGGCUGCGAAUGCCGCUAGUCCCCCGCAAGUACGACUUGGAAGUACUAAAUUCGCUGCUCAACAUCUUCCUCAGGCACGUCUCGGAAACAUUCACGUCCUUCAAGGGCUUUGCCAUUACCUCACACACUCAACCCGAGCAGAUUCUGGCCAUGGCCGCUGUAGGAUCCCUUUUUGUCAACUUGAAGGGCAGUCCUCGCAUCUCUAGGGUACUUUUUACGGAUUCCCAUCGGCUGCUGAACAAUUCUGCUGCUGGCUCCCUUAAGCAUUCACGGCCCGCUGCCAUGAGUCUCGUACAAGCUUUCCUGGCGGCCGAAUUGUUUGGCAUCUGUGGAGGGCAUCCGCGAUCUCGAGAACUCAGCGAGGCAUUUCAUCAGAGCUUGCUCCAGGCACUCUGUAUGCAUGGGUUGCUCUCCGCAGACGAUGCUGAGGGAAAUGAGAAGACACAACAAGAAAGGCUGGUGGCGGAUAUCCUGCUGCUAGAAAGCUAUAGGACUUCGCUGUUUCAACUAAAGCCAAUAUUGACGCCGGCAUACCUCGCACACACCAGCUGGGGCGACGCGGCAUCUGCAGACUCCUACAGCGCUCAGCCGCUCAACUACAUACAGCAACAAGCCUUUCUUCUCGCGAAUCAACUGGAGCCUAAAAAGGAACUCACCCUGCAAAAACUCAUAUUGCUGUCUACCAGCUCAUGGCUAGGUGGUGGCAAUUGGGUCGGCAGCUCGUACGAGGCCACGAAUCGAGACUACGACCCGGCCAUCAUACACGCCUCGGUCGACGCCCUUAUACAAAACCCUUGCUCGACGACCAAUAUCUCGGCACGCCUGUUUGGCCACAUGAUCAUCGUCGCACUCCAUGCGCCCCUCUCUGAUCUCAGCGAGGCCGCGUACUCGGCAACCAUGCAACGAGAGGCCACGCCAACCAUGGUCGGCCGCAUCAAAAGCUGGCGCCACUCUUUCGAUGUCGAGACUGCCCUCGAACACGCAUUGCAAAUCAUGGAUGUGGUGACAAUGAUCCCGCUCAUUGAUCUCACGGCCCCUGCAAAGAGGUCAGGAUAUGUUGAGGCGCCCCAUGAUGCGCUCUGCAUCUUCAACGCUGGUCUUGUCAUUUGGGCCAGCAAGCAUACCAGCUUUAGACAGACGGCUGAAAGGAGUUCUGGUUCACGAUCACGGCUGGGGCAGGCAGUCAUAGUUCUUAAGAAGAUGCGCCUGCUGCUGGCGCGGAAUCUCGGCCAGGUGUUGCAGAAACUCGUCCAGGUCGAGAGUCUGAAGCGUGCAGGCGGAAGCACGGCGUCGGCCUCAUGACACCCGCUCCGUGCGAUGAGUUCGGCCGUGCAACUCCUUCAUCGAUUGGACACAUCGAAAUCUACACUUCGGCAAGGGCACUCCGGUUUUAGCUUCAUUGGCAGUAUGCAAGACCCCUCAUGGAACAAUCAUCAGUUGGGCAUUGCAAGGUCCCGAGUCCCGGCCUGGUGUUCCAAGCAAGGCUACUGCUACUUCGUGCUACGCACCACGGUCGUUCGACAUCACACGGUUUCGUUAUAUUAAUGAACAUCCAUGGCGCAGGCAGACCGACUCACUCGCAAUAAGAAGACCAUCAUUCCAGCCGAUAGCCGCCCGAAAAGUCCCUCAUUCCCAUUUCGGUCUUCAAGGUGCCGACUGUGUUCCCAAGGUUGGGCAACUCGGCGAUGCGGCUCACGAUGUGAUGAAUGGUGGGAAGCUUGCUCGGGCCCAGUGGGAUGAACUCCACGCCCGCUUCCUCGGCUACCAGCAUUACCGGCUUGUCCCUGCUCGCGUGUCUCUCUGACAUGUCCUUCCCAAACGGUUUCGGAAUGAAUACAUCAUAAUCGGCGUCUGCCUCAUGGAACCGACCAGAAAUGCCCGGGACGUGUUUAUGGAGGAAGAUACCAUCUUCUGGCGGCGUGGCAGUGUUAGAAGAGUCGUCCGCCGCUUCUGUACCCUUCUCUUGGAGACCACGCAACCAAAAGGAUGCCCACUUGGCACCGCGCCAUGACAGAGACACCUCCAUGAUUCCCGCCGAGGGCUGCUGGACGUCAAUCUCCGAAAACAGCUUGGGCCAUCCAAGAUCCUCCCGACCGGCGAUUAUGGGGUCGGCACAAUCUUCGAAGGUAACAGGACAAUAGAAACCGUUCAACUUUGUGCCGUCCUUCUUGGUGUACUGAACGUCGUGGAGGUAGAGGCUGAGCAGGUUAUACCCACCGCCACCCAACCAGUCCAGAUUUCGCAACUGUUGCACCACGAUGCUCAUUUGCCCAACAGAAUCGCUCUGGGAUAAGCUGUAUGCCUCGUUUGGGAAGAGGUUCUUGAGAAGCGUUGCGCUUGUCUUGAACCUGACCGUGGCAGUUGUGACUGUUGAAGGCAGUCCACCUACGGCACAUUCUUGGGGGAUGUUGCGUGGACCGGGCAUGGGCCCGAAGACAAUGGGCUGCCUCCAUCGAGCUGACUCUUCUUUCUUCCAUAGGUGCUGCCUCAGAAUCUGGGUGGAGGCAUGUAUUUCGUCGUGCGGCAGGAAGUAAUCAAGAGUAUUGUUCACUUCAAGCAGAGUGUC